CUAAUAAAUGGCUAAUGAUAAAUAUAGUUCGCCUACAUUAUUAGAUAUAUUAUUUAACUAAAGAGCGUGACUUGUUAACUUCAUUUUUCUCAGUGAUUUAAAAUCAUGAUUGCGAAAGUUAUCCUUGUGCUUCUCGUACUCUCGCUAUAUACUAAAAUAAGCGAGUGUCGUGGAGGAGGUGGAGGAAGAGGCGGCUUCGGUGGAGGAGUUGGACACGGAUUUGGUGGUGGAGUAGGAAGAGGAUUCGGUGGUGGAGUAGGAAGAGGAUUCGGUGGAGGAUUUGGAAGAGGAAUCGGUGGAGGAUUUGCACCAGGAUUCCGUGGAGGAUUUGGAAGGGGAUUCGGUAGAGGUUUUGGUGGAGGUUUUGGUGGACUGGGAUUUGGAAGAGGAUUUAUUGGAUUUGGUGGAUUUCCAGUUUUUCCCUUUUAUAGAAGGCGUAUAUUUUAUUAUUAGAUAUUAAAGUAUUCAAUCAUUAUGAUUAUUACCUUCAACAAUGUAGACAAUAAAUAAAUAAAGAUACUUAUAUAUUAA